AUGCCAUCUAUAAAUUCCCCCGCCGACCUCUCAAUCAAAACUGAAACCAUUAUCGUGCCCUGUUUCACCAUGUUUCAUCAUCUGAUCCUCUGUGCUCCGAUCAACCAUGCGCUACUUCUUCUUCAAGCACAGCUGCUCUUGAUCUCCGUCCUAUUGUUUACUAAUCCGUCGCAUGGAUCUUCAGAAGAAUGGCUGCUGAUCGACUGCGGAACGAGGACCAGUUACACCGACGGCGACGGGCUCCGGUGGCAAACCGACGUUGGCUUCAUCUCCACCGGCGAGAACAAUACGGUAGAGAAAGGAGUCUUCGUGUCGGACCCGAUGGGUUCGCUCCGGUUCUUCCCCACCCUCCUCAAGAACUGCUACACAAUCAACACGCCGGAGAAAGUGAAGUACCUCAUCCGCGCCGGUUUCUACUACGGGAAUUACGACGGCCUCAGCCGGCCGCCCACCUUCGACCUCGUCAUCGAUGCCAACAAAUGGGUUACCGUCAACACUUCCUCGCCGGAGCCGGUGCUCCACGAGAUCGUGUACGCCACCAAGGGGGACAACUUCCUGGUCUGCCUCGCCCGGACCCGGCCGGAGGAAGUCCCUUUCAUCUCGUCCCUUGAGGUGGUGCCGCUCGCCACCAGCAUGUACUCCAAGAUGAACAGGAAUUACGCUUGGUACCUCAGCCACCGCGUCCGUUUCGGUGGCUCCGAUGUCGUCAGCCCAACAAAAGAUGACUACAACAGAGAGUGGAAUCCAUACCAAGAUCCAAGUCUCGUUUCCGUGGCAGCAAAUUUCAGUUCGCUCUUCGGUUAUUGCGCCGACGACCCUCCUCUUCCGGUGAUCCUCAACGCCGCGGAGCCAACCGCCGGAGACGCGUCGAAUGCCAUUUCACUGAGCUUCGAAUUCCCCGCAAACAGCAGCCGAACAAACUACGUCGCUCUCUAUUUCACCGAAGUGAUCCAACAAGACGAUGGCGAGACGAGGGAGUUCGUGGCGAGCGUCGACGGGAAGGAGUACGGCCUGAAGGUGUCGCCGGAGUAUCAAAUUUGCAGCGAAGUGAACGUUACGACAGAGCCAGCGGCCGGAGAUAUGAAGAUUGAGCUCACUGCAGUCUCUGGAUCGAGUUUACCACCACUGAUUUGCGCCGCUGAGAUUUAUACGGUGGGAGAAACACUUCUCGCCGGAAGUAAUGAAGAUGAUGUGAAUGGCGUGGAAGAGAUGAAGAAGAGUUUUAGUAGAUUGCAAGCAUGGACAGGUGAUCCCUGUCUUCCUAACAACACGGUCUGGGAAUGGCUGGGCUGCAAUGCAGAUGAUCCUCCGAGAGUAAGAGCUAUUUACCUUUCAGGUUAUGGAUUAGAAGCUGGCAUCCCUAACUUUGGCCAAAUGCAAACCCUUGAAAUCAUAUACAUGGAUAACAAUCUGCUCAGUGGAUCCAUCCCUGACUUUCUCGGCAACUUGCCCAACUUGAGGGAAUUGAAUCUCGCUUACAAUCAGCUGAGUGGCAGAGUCCCAGAAUCCCUGCUCAGCAACAACAAACUAAACCUCAAUUUGACGGGGAAUCCUUUGCUGACAAUAGAAGAAAAGCACAUGCCUCACUGGAAGAAGGCUAUAUGGAGUGUAAUUGCAGUGGUGGUUAUUAUUGUUGUUGUUGGAGUUUGUUGUUGUAGCUGCCAUGGUGAGUCAGACAGUGGGCCACCUCAGCAAGUGAUGCCACGGCCACCUCAGCAGCUGAUGCCACGGCCAGUGUCACCACCGGCACCAGAACCUCAACAGUUUGAGGAGGUUGAGGAAGAAGAAUAUACAAGAAGGAGAGUGAGAAGGGCAAGGGCGGGGCCAGGUUGA